UUUUGCGUCUUUACUCCAAGUUGCUACUGCUGGAAUUGAGGAAAGAGAAAUUGAAGCGAUUCCGACUAUUUACGAGGAUCCUGAGGAGGAAGACACCCCUGACGCAGCAGAGAUACAGAAAGAAAUAGCCGAGCACGACGCAACCGCAAUCGGGGAACGGAUGCGUCGGGCCCAGUUGAGUGGACGAGCGAUCUACGCCGUUCCAAGUGCCUGGAAAAGCUAUCGAACUCGGCUUUUGCAGCAGACCUACUUCCGAUCUUUGCUGGACAUUGUGUCUGGGGCGGGGAUCGGAAAAGUGUUUCUGCUAAGUCGCUUUUUGGAACCGUCUUAUUUCGAAGAUACACUGAGGGGGAUCGUGGAGACGUACACUCAGACAAGCGACAGUGCUGGGAGUGGAACUAGGUUCCAAGCGGAGACUCCUGAUGCAUCAUCUAACCCAAGAACAACAAGCUCCGCUACUCAUUUUGUCCACCGAGUCCAAAGUGCACUUGAUUCUGCCCACGUUUCGACGAUCG